AUGGCAGAUACAACGGUUCAGCCGCCGCUGUCCCAGGCGGUUGGCUACAUUGUCGUCGUGCUCAUCGGAGCCAUCAUUGCCUUGGUGAUGAUGCUGGUCACCAAUCUCCUCAAGAAGACCACUGGGGAGGACAACAAGAAGACUGAGAUGUUUAUGACUGCCAACCGAACUGUUCGAACCGGCCUCACUGCGUCUGCGGUUAUCUCUUCCUGGCUAUGGUCAACUCAGCUGCUCGGCUCGUCCUUUACCGGCUAUGACUACGGUGUCUCCGGGCCCUUCUGGUUUGCUGCUGGCUGUAGCCCGAUGAUUGUCUUCUUUGCUGUGGUGGGAAUUUCGUGCAAGCGAAAAAUCCCAGAAGCCCAUACCUCCCUCGAAGUGGUCCGCAUUCGAUAUGGCCAUAUUGCGCACGUUGUCUUCAUGGUUCUGUGCCUGGUGAACAACAUCUUUGCCAGUGCCAACAUGCUUCUGGGCGCAUCUGCUGUGAUUUCUGCAAUUUUCUUGACCGACUAUUUCCACACGACAAUCAUCCUGAUCAUUGCCUGCUACUUCUCUGUCAAGGCCUUUGAGUCCGACCAGAUCGGCUCUAUUGGGAAUCUGUACGAGCUUCUCCAGGCUGCAGCCCUACGGCAUCCGGUCUCUGGGAACCAGGACGGAACGUACUUGACCAUGACCUCCAAGGAUGGCAUCCUCUUCGGCAUUCUGCACACCUGCUCCAACUUUGGUCUUGUGAUCAUGGACACCAGCUACUUCAUCAAGGCAUUCUCGGCCUCUCCCAGAGCCGUUGUCCCUGGAUACGCGAUUGGAGGCGCCAUGUACUUCUCCAUUCCCUGGGCGCUGGGUACGGUGAUGAGCUCGGUCGCCCUCGGACUGGAGAACCAGCCCAACUUUCCUACCUACCCUCGCCGGAUGACUUCGUCGGAGGUCAGUAGUGGACUUGUUCUCCCCUAUGCCGCCAUGACCAUCGCUGGCAAGGGAGGCGCCGCUGCAGUGCUGCUGAUGAUCUUCAUGGCUGUGACCUCCACCCUGUCCGCGCAGGUGAUCGCCGUCAGCUCCAUCCUCAGUUUCGACGUCUAUCGUGAGUACUUCAAGCGCACUGCCACCGACCGAGAUGUGAUCCAUGCCAGCCACCUCGGCGUCAUCUUCUUCGCGGCCUUUUGCGCUGGGUUCAGCACCAUGCUGCACUAUGUCGGUGUCGACCUUGGCUGGACUCUGUACAUGCUUGGCGUUGUCACCUGCCCCGGCAUCUUCCCCAUGGUCUUCACCGUGCUUUGGCGCCGACAAAGCAAAGCAGCCGCCAUCUUGUCACCGAUCCUGGGCCUAGCAACUGGUCUUGCUGUCUGGCUGACCACUUCUGGUCAUUUUGGAGGCGAAGUCACGGUCGCGACCACGGGCCAAGUCUUGCCCUGUGUAUACGGCACGGUCGCAUCCGCCUUCUCACCCAUCCUGUACUCGGUUGUGAUUACGCUCGUGCGCCCGCAGGAUUUUGACUGGAACGACUUCAAGAAGGAAAGGUUAUCCCUGGAGAAGGUGGAGGGUGAUCUGACGGCGGUCCACCAUGGCUCGCGCCUAGCCACUGCAACAGGGAGCAUUGAAGACGGCGGCGUGCGCAGUGCUGCCGUGGACGCACGGGAGCUGAAGCGAUGGGGCCGCAUCGCCGCGUUCUGGGCUGCAGCGACAUUCCUGGGACAUUGGGUGUUGUGGCCUCUGCCAAUGUACGGUUCCCACUAUGUCUUUGGAAAGGGCUUCUACAUCGCCUGGGUGGUUGUCGGCAUCGUCUGGCUCUGGGCCACUACACUCCUCGCCACGCUUUAUCCCAUCUUCGACGGCGGGUACCAGCAGAUUCGGCAGGUUUAUCGGGGCCUUCGUGGGAAGCAAGCCUCGACUGAUGCUGGGACGUCUCAAGGAGGAUAUAUGGAAGGUUCGGUGGAGGACGUGCAGGGGAAGCAAGACAAGGCUUGA